AUGGCGGGUGCAGGAGGAUCCGAAGCAGACUCAGAAUCACGCCUGGGUAUCUAUCAGAAGCAGGAGCCAUGGCACCGUGGCCAAUCACAGGCUGCCGAUGGGCACUGUGCGGGAUUGCCGGGAGUUUCAGUAUCCCACCUCAUCAACAAGUCACAUAAAGCCGGUCCCGGUCUGGCCCUCGUGUCCUCAGCCUCAUUUAUGCAGCCAUCUCCCUUCAUCGGUCCACAAUGCCACUUAAUAUUGAACUGGAUGCAACAGAGCAUAAAAAAUGUGAUUUUGGCUUAUCCUGAGUCUGCUUAUACACAAAUACUCUAUGCCCAUAGAGAACCCACACAAGCACAAGAUGUUCCGAUGAUGAAAGCGGUCCAGCGUCAGGCUGCAUGGCUCCCAAGUUUGAGCGACAGAUUUACGGACAGUCCAGAGGCCGAAUGGCUAUUAAAAGCUGCUGUAAUAUUCGGUGUUUUACCCAAACUACUUAAUACACUAUUUUGCACAAGCGGAAUGAAUGAUUCUGCUACCUGUCGUCACGGCCUGAUCCUUCCGCCAUGCAUAGUCAAUUCGAGUAUCUAUAUCGGUUAA